GCCGUUUACGUAGACCCACAACAGCGCCUCUUGCUGAAAGAUGCUGCAGAAGUCUUGCAAGAAUGGGACAGCAGGCCGCACCAAGUAUCCACUAACAUGCCAAUCGCUCGCGAGCGCUUAGGUGUGAUCGUGGGUGUUGGACCUGCUGAUUAUGUGAACCUUACAACUGCAACACUGCCAAUCAGUCCUUAUCUCAUCACGGGAGGCACCAUCAGUGUAGCUGCUGGAAGAAUGAGCUACACAUUUGGUCUCCAUGGACCAAGCAUGUCCGUAGAUAGUGCAUGUUCUUCCUCACUAGUGGCGGUGCAUUAUGGGGUCUUGGACCUCCAAGCACAUCACCCGGAUGCAACUCUUGCGGCAGGCGUCAAUUUGUUGCUUCUUUCACAUAGGAGCACAGCUCUCCAAAUGAAUGGCAUGCUUGCUAUGGAUGGUCGCUGUAAAACGCUAGAUGCUUCAGCAAAUGGUUACGUGCGCGGUGAAUGCUCAAUAGUGUUCCUGCUUGCAAUCGUGAGUCCAUCUAUGUUGGACACUCCCCAGUCUCUGCCUUCACUUCUUAUUCUGGGUAGCUGUGUCAAUCAAGAUGGUCGCAGUAGCAGUCUAACUGCCCCUAAUGGUCCUGCACAACAAAACGUGAUUAAGGCAGCCCUGGUCGCUGGGAACACAGCUGGGGGCCAGGUCGGUGUGCUGGAGAUGCAUGGCACCGGCACA